CGCUCUCUUUCUCUCCCAACCGCCGCCUCCACAACUACAUUCCACCCUGAAAACACAAUUCCCCUUCUGCUCAUUCUAUCCCAAGGCUACUCCCUCCCUCCGAAUCCGAGCUUCCACCACCACGACUACCACGGAGACCGACGCCCCGCCGCCGCCAUCGGCCGCCGCCACUAAGCUCAAUAAAUACAGCUCAAGAAUCACGGAGCCCAAGUCGCAGGGCGGCUCCCAGGCGAUUCUCUACGGCGUGGGCCUCUCCGAUGACGACAUGAACAAACCCCAGGUCGGAAUUUCGUCGGUCUGGUACGAGGGGAACACCUGCAACAUGCAUCUUCUGAAGCUCGCGGAGGCCGUGAAGGAAGGUGUUCAGGAGGCCGGAAUGGUGGGGUUCAGGUUCAAUACAAUUGGGGUUAGCGAUGCUAUUUCAAUGGGGACGAGGGGAAUGUGCUACAGUUUGCAGUCGAGGGACUUGAUUGCUGAUAGCAUUGAGACUGUUAUGGCUGCUCAGUGGUACGAUGGGAACAUUUCCAUCCCCGGAUGUGACAAAAAUAUGCCAGGUACAAUUAUGGCUAUGGGACGGCUGAACCGUCCAAGCAUUAUGGUUUACGGUGGAACAAUUAAGCCAGGUCAUUUUCAAGGUCACACAUAUGACAUAGUAUCUGCCUUCCAGGUUUAUGGAGAGUAUGUGAGUGGAUCCGUAAGUGAUGAAGAAAGGAUGAAUGUAGUCCGCAACUCAUGUCCUGGAGCUGGGGCAUGUGGUGGAAUGUAUACAGCAAAUACAAUGGCUUCCGCUAUUGAAACACUGGGAAUGUCCCUUCCUUACAGUUCUUCCACGCCUGCUGAAGACCCUCUAAAAUUGGAUGAAUGCCGCCUUGCGGGUAAAUAUUUACUCGAUUUAAUUAAAAUGGACUUGAAACCUCGUGACAUCAUCACCCCAAUAUCACUACGUAACGCGAUGGUCAUGGUCAUGGCACUUGGUGGAUCUACAAAUGCUGUUCUGCAUUUAAUUGCUAUAGCAAGGUCUGUAGGUUUGCAACUAACUUUAGAUGACUUCCAAAAGGUUAGCGAUGAGGUUCCAUUCCUUGCAGAUCUUAAGCCAAGUGGUAAGUUCGUGAUGGAAGAUGUACACAAGAUUGGAGGCACACCUGCUAUCAUUCGCCAUCUAUUGGAGCUUGGAUAUUUAGAUGGGGAUUGUAUUACAGUUACGGGACAAAGUCUGGCAGAGAAUGCAAAGCUAUACCCAUCCCUACCUGAAGAACAGCAAAUAAUUAGACCCUUGACAAACCCCAUCAAAGAAACCGGUCACAUACAGAUAUUAUAUGGAAACCUUGCACCUGAAGGUUCUGUGGCAAAGAUCACUGGAAAAGAAGGGUUAUACUUCUCCGUCUGUUCUAAUCUCUUUGUUUUGCAUUACAGCCUUGUGCUUGGGAAAGUAGUGGUUAUUAGAGGAGAAGGACCGAAAGGGGGCCCGGGCAUGCCUGAAAUGCUCACCCCAACAAGUGCUAUAAUGGGGGCUGGACUUGGCAAGGUUGUUUUGACUGUGUUUGUGAAUGAAAAGAGAGUCGAAGUUGCGCUGCUAACUGAUGGAAGGUUCUCUGGAGGUUCUCAUGGAUACGUGGUGGGCCACAUAUGUCCAGAAGCACAAGAAGGUGGUCCCAUUGGCCUUAUUGAGAAUGGGGACUUAGUUACGAUAGACAUUCAGAAGAAGAGGAUUGAUGUGAACCUAACAAAUGAGGAGUUGAACGAGCGCAGAAAGAGGUGGAACCCACCACCUUAUAAAGCUGAACGAGGAGUUCUUUACAAGUACAUUCGUAAUGUGCAAUCAGCCUCUAAGGGAUGCGUGACCGAUGAAUAGAAUGAGGUGAGAGCUUUGUGUGGAAAGGGCAUAAUAGAGAUUAUUGCCUCAAUUUUACAAAAUCUUGACAUUGGGUUAGUGGCUCCUUGGUGUAUCUCGAGUUCUAUGCUCAAAAUUUUCUAUUAUGACUCUAAAUGUCCUCCAGGUCAUUGCGGCUAAAAUUUUCUAUUAUUUUCUUUCUUGUAUUUCUAUUGAGAGGAAUAUUUCUCUUUUUUUUUUUUUCCAAACAUCAAAUAUUAUAU